AUGUGCUCAAAUGGUGUGUAUCAAUUAAAAAAAAUUUUACUAAGAUAUAGUGAAACAGGGCAUAGCAGUAGAAAUGUAAGAUUUUUUUUGAGAUUUAUUUUACCAGAUUACAAAGAAGAAAAUAAACAUUUAAAUUUUGAAAUUCAUCAUGAACAAUAUGAAGAGCCACUAGCUACAUUUGAAUAUAUAAAUAAUAGUAGAUAUGAAAUAUCAUUAAAAGAUAUUAAAUCGAAACAUAUUGUUGAUAUUAUCAACUUAUAUAAAGACAGUGCUGGAAAUACAGAUUUUUUAAAACAUGGAGGUCCAAAAGUUUAUUCAAAUAGACGAACUAUUCAAGGUUUGUGGUGCCCCAGCAUAUAUAGUGAGUUAAAUGCCAUUUCAUACUUAAAAAAAAAAAAAAAAAAUAAUAUUAAAUUGCCAAAAUAUACAAGAGAAAGCUUAAAUUUAAAUCAUGAUGUUAUAAAGGGAAAUGGAAGGUGGGGGAAUGAGAAUUUAUUUCCUAAAGGUUUUGAUCAGAAAUAUUUAAAAAAUAUUUUUUGUUUUCCAUUUGAAGAUAGCUUAACAAAAAAAGGGGAACCAACAUCUACUGCUGAUACAAAGGAACCUCAUAUUAAUUCCUUUUACAAAUUUUAUAAAGCUUAA